AUGAAUGCGCCCCAGGAUGCUGGGCUGGAGGUGCAGCUGGAGAAGAAGAAGGGGUUUGACAAGUAUGUCGAGCGGUUUAAGAAGGCGAUCGGAAGGUCGAGUUCGAGCAGUGCGCAGAUGCGACUUUCCCAGUCCGUACCAGCGAAACCUGCGGUUGCUGCAAGUUCCGCAACAGCUGCCGCUGCUUCGUCGUCAAAGGAGGCACCAAAGCCAACCGCAUCUGAGACCGGUCAGACCAGCAAGUUCCCAAACAAGGUUGAUGGCGACGACAACGCCCCCAUCAACGUAGUCGUCGAGAAACCCGAGAAGUACCGCCUGCAAAUCACCAAGCCGGCGCGGACGUCGAAGCAGGGACUCGUCCAUAAGAAGCCCGUCCAGCGCGUGCGGAGAAACUGCCACCGCUGCGGUACCUUAUUCUACCCUCCCACCAAGACCUGCACCGAGUGCGGACACAUCCGCUGUGCCGACUGCCCACGAGACCCACCCAAGCCCCACAAGUUCCCCUACGGCUACCCCAACGACGUCUUCGGCGAGAAGAACGCCUACUACACCUGCCACGAGUGCGAGAAGGUGUUCCCCCUUGACGAGGCGAAGUGCGUAAACUGCACCCACGAGAAGUGCACCGAGUGCGCGCGCGCCCCGCCGAGAAAGAUCGAGCCGCAACCGGAUCCUCACGUGCUCCGUCGUGUGGAGGAGAAGCUCGCGGCGCUGGCCCUCUCCUCUGCUGAGGCGAAGUUCUAG